GCGAUCCUGGAGGCUGAGACGGCAAGAUGGCGGCGCGGGUGGCGUUUGGAGCUGUGUGCCGGCGUCUUUGGCAGGGUUCGAGGAACUUUUCUGUAAACAGUCCUAAGAGCAGUACAGCCAACAGUGGUGGCUUUCUUCUCAGUACCAAUAUGAAGUGGGUACAGUUUUCAAACCUACACAUUGACGUGCCCAAGGAUGUGACUAAGCCUACGAUAACCGUUUCUGAUGAACCAGACACGUUAUAUAAGCGCCUGUCAGUUUUAGUAAAGGGCCAUGAUAAGGCUGUAUUGGACAGUUAUGAAUAUUUUGUCGUGCUUGCUGCUAAAGAACUUGGUAUCUCUAUUAAAGUACAUGAACCUCCAAGGAAAAUAGAACGAUUUACUCUUCUCAAAUCAGUGCAUAUUUUCAAGAAGCACAGAGUUCAGUAUGAGAUGAGAACACUGUAUAGAUGUUUAGAGUUAGAACGUCUAACUGGAAGUACAGCAGAUGUCUACUUGGAAUAUAUUCAGCGAAACUUACCUGAAGGAGUAGCCAUGGAAGUUACAAAGACAAAAUUAGAACGGUUGCCAGAACACAUCAAGGAGCCAAUCUGGGAGACGAUACCAGAGGAAAAAGAAGAAAGCAAGUCCCAAAGUCUCAGAGAGACCACUUGUGCUGGCGUUUGAAAUGAGGAUGGGCCAGAAAUGCUUGUUGAGAUGGACG